GUCUUGCAGCGGAGUUUGGUGGACUGUAGCCGCUUGUUAUUUUUAACUUUACAAGUUCACAAGCGGCCCUGCAUUGACCUUCACGGUCAGCCAGAGAGAAUCAAGUAUUUUAGAAUGCUCUCCUCCGUGCAAAAGCUGGGGAAUGUGCUCGUUCGCAAGAAUAUGAUGAAUGGUGCGGUUCAAGCCUCAAAUUAUGCAACAGAGGCAACAUUUGAAACUCAGCCAUACAAGCUGCACAAGUUGACAGAGGGUCCCAGCACCACGGUGAAGAUGACAAGGGCAGAGGGGCUGCAGUUCUACAAGGAAAUGGUCACGAUCCGCAGAAUGGAGACAGUUGCCGCUAACCUGUACAAAUCUAAAGCAAUCCGAGGAUUCUGUCAUCUGUACUCAGGACAGGAGGCUUGCUGUGUUGGCAUGGAGUCUGCUAUCACAAAGGAUGAUGCAGUGAUCACUGCCUACAGGGCUCACGGCUGGGCCUACAUCAGGGGCAUCAGCGUUCUAGGAGUGCUUGCUGAACUCACCGGUCGUGUGUCUGGUUGUGCCAGGGGAAAAGGGGGCUCCAUGCAUAUGUAUGCUCCAAACUUCUAUGGUGGCAAUGGUAUUGUUGGGGCUCAGGUGCCUCUCGGUGCAGGAAUCGCACUAUCCUUCCAGUACGAGAAGAAACCCAAUGUAUGCCUCACACUGUAUGGAGAUGGAGCGGCUAAUCAGGGACAGGUUUUCGAAGCCUACAACAUUGCCAAGCUAUGGAAGCUGCCUGCUAUAUUCAUCUGCGAGAAUAAUGGCUACGGUAUGGGAACAAGUGUCAACCGGUCCUCUGCCUCCACUGACUAUUACACCAGGGGAGACUACAUUCCGGGAAUCUGGGUUGAUGGUAUGGAUGUCCUGGCAGUGAAGGAGUGCACAAGGUUCGCCAAGGAGUACGCUCUCCAGCAUGGACCAGUGGUGAUUGACUGCUCCACCUAUCGCUACCAUGGACACAGCAUGAGUGACCCUGGCACAAGCUAUAGAUCCAGAGAUGAGAUUCAGGCUGUACGAGAGAAUCGUGACCCAAUUACCAACCUCAAAAACAGGCUCCUCACUAAAGAACUUGCCACAGAAGACGAGCUUAAGAAUAUUGAACAGGAUGUGAGGAAGCAUGUUGAUGAAGCAGCUGCCAAGGCCCAAGCAGAUCCUGAACUGCCUCUAGAAGAGCUGUACAAUGCCAUCAUCAUUGACCCACCAGCUGACAUGAGGGUGCGAGGUUGUGACGUGUCUAUCUUGGCAAAAACAACUGCGUAGAAUACUAAUGUGGUGAUUGUUAUUUGCACAGGCAUAUUUCUGUUGGACUUUGUGCUAUUGGGAUAAUUUGGGCUGCAAACGAAAACAUCUUAAACUCAAGUUUUAGUUUAGUAAAAGAUCUUAUUUUUUGAAAUAAUUUUAUAGUCUAUUGGUUUCUGUUUAUAACAAUAUAAGCUAAUUGAAUUAUGAAUUGAUCUGAAAGAGAAAUAAUAGAAGUUAGUUUAGUUUACAUUUUACAAUGUUGUAUUUAAUAAGCAAUUAGAGCUUUAAUGAAUAUUGUUCAAUUAAUAAAUGUAUUUCUGAUUUCUCUAUUAAAUAUCAUAAAUUGAGCAUGUGAGUGGAAAAUUAACAUUUUACAGAUGGUAUUGAAUUUGUUUUAUAUGCUUGCUUGAAGAUAUCAACAACAUUACUCAUCUUUCUUUUGUAUUUAAGUGCAAGAAAACAUUUUAUGCCCCAGAAUUGGGUUUUGAAAGUACUUAACAAACUAUAAGGAGUUUGGCAAUGAAAUGAAAUUGAGUUUUGAAACAAUACAUAAUUUUACAACUUGUAAUUUGACUGCACAGGUAAUAUUCUGUAAUAGCACAUACAUCAUUUCUGUAAAAUAUAUGAUCUUUUAUAAGGUAUAGUAAUACAUGUAUUAGGAGUUUAUGCACAUUUUGUAAGUGAAUGCUUACUGUAAAUAAAAUGGAAUUGACUAGAUGAAAGUAUGUUCAUUCGAAUGUCAACAUGUGUAUUAUGAUUGCUUCUUGUUAAUAAACUAGUGAGAAGUAAUUUGAAUCAUACUGGUAUUUGUAUUUCUUUUGAUAGUGUGUACAUGCAAACAAUUCAAACAAUAUUAAUUGUAGUAUUUUAUUACCCCUCAUUAACAAUUUGGGAUUCUGACAGCUUAUUUGGAUACAUUUUAGUCUGUUAGUUGUGUUUUAAAUGGAAAUGUUAAUGGUUUUAGAAAUCAUCUUGUUUUGUAUGCUGUUGGUGUGUUAUAUAUCAUAUUUAAACCUGACAUGUUUUUUAGAAGCAACAAGAUAAGAUGCACCUUUUUAUGUUUCACCUCCUUUUUAUGUUGUUAUUUGGUGAUACAAUACAUAAUGUGCAUUUGAUUGGAUGUCAUUAUACAAGGGCUGAAUACAUUAUUAGAAUCUCUU